UCGUGGCGGCGCCUGCAUCACUUCGACCGUCGGCCUGACUGAAAGUCGAGGUGCCCAGCUGACUCAUUACCCUCCGAGCCAGGACAUAAAGGUGCAGAGACUGCCGUCCUCUCUCCCUCAAACCCUCUCCUCGCCAUCCUCCCCAAACUCCCCCACAAUGUCGUCUCCGUCCGCCACCACCGCGCUCGACUACCUGGAGUCCCUCCCUGGCCUCACUUUCGCCAAGCUCUACGCUCAGCCGUCCACAGCCCUUGCCGUUUUCCGCCGCAUGCUGCCUCAUCUUGCGAAAACCGUGGUCAUGUCCAUGCUGUACCUCCCAGGACCAAUGCGCGCCGCCGAUCUCGAAGCAUGGUUCAAAUCAGAUGUGCAGAGCAGUCAGGAAAGAGAAAGAAGUGUGAGCGUACUGGUGCGGCUGAAAGUACUGGUGGAAGAACAAGCAGGCGGAGGCGCGGGAUUGCAGUACAGGCUCAGCGAGGCAUUCGCAAAAGGACUGCGAUGUGCGCUGACGGGCGCGGUUGGAAAGGGAGAUGCUGGGAAGGGAAGCUUUGGAGUGGCCUGCAGUGCUGAGAAAGAUGAGGAUGUGAAUGUGAAAUUCCUGGAUGACUUCGCACGGAGGCAAUGGGAGGCGAUACUAUACUACGUAGUGGGAUCUGCAAACAGCGGGCUGUCAGGAGACCUGGAAAUCUCUGCCGGUACGAAGCGACUACUACAACAAGGCAACUUUGUCCAAAUCAAGAGCGGCGGCAAGCAACGCCUCAUCACCCAAGCCGGCUUCACAUUCCUGCUAGAAGAAGUAAAUGCACAAGUCUGGAGUCUCGCAGUGGUCUACCUCCGAGUCUGCGAGGAUCUCCAAAUGGACCCCGUCGACGUCCUCUCCUUCCUCUUCACCCUCGGCUCACUCGAACUCGGAAUACCUUACAGCACAUCAAAUCUCACUCUAACCCAACAACACAUGCUCGACGACCUGCAAGACUUCGGCCUAAUCUACCGCUCUUCCCCCACUGCAACAGCCUACUACCCCACACGGCUCGCCACAACCCUUACAUCCGAUGCGCCCGCCCUGCCAAACAACACCUCCAGUACCACCACAACCGCAGCCACAGAAUCCAACGAAAAAGGCUACAUCAUCCUCGAGACCAACUACCGCCUCUACGCCUACACCUCCUCCCCCCUCCAAAUCUCCAUCCUUUCCCUCUUCUCGACCCUCCACACCCGCUACCCAAACCUCAUCACCGCCAAAAUCACAAAAUCCUCCAUCGCCUCCGCCAUCUCGCAGUCCAUCACCUCCGACCAAAUCAUCACCUACCUCUCCACGCACGCGCACCCGGUGCUCCGCCGGCAAGCAGCCAUCAUGUCCGCGCCUAUACUACCGCCCACAGUGGUGGACCAAAUCCGACUAUGGCAGAUUGAAGGGGAGAGGAUGACGACUUGGAAGGGGUUUUAUAUUCGGGAUGUAGGCGGGUGGGAGGAGUAUGUAAAAGCGGUCGAGUAUGCGGAGGCAUUGGGUGUUUUGCGACAGCGAUUUGAUGCGAAGCGGAGUUUCUUUGUGGGCAGGAUGGAUCAAAUGGCGGGUUAUUUCAAACUGGCGGCUGAGCGGAGACGGCGGGAACGAGAUGGUGGUGGUGGUGCGAAUGUGUGA